CGAAGAGGAGAAAAUUAAAAUUCAUAUUUUUAGUUUAAAAUUGCUGCGAUCCGAAUAUUUCAAUGAUAUUCUAUGCAUUCAGCAUGAAAUCAAUCGCAAAGGACAUCUACAUGCGAAUAAAAUGACGAAACAAUUUUAUCGGAAGCUUCGCCAGAGGCUAAGUCCCGGUGAAAAAGCUCUGUGAACUGUCAACCUACGUCAUCAUGCACUGGUCUAUUAUUUACAAAUUAAUUGUUAAUUUGCUUUUGACCUGGCUCGAUCUUAUGUAUUUUAGUGAGUGAAAAAAAUUAAUAAAUACUGUUCCAAUAUGAGCCUUUUCGAUAUUGAGGACUACAAAGUAAAACCGGACAUAGUGAGCGUUUACCCAGACCCGGCGGUCCCACCAAACGCGGCGAUUGUGAUAGACAAUGGCUCGUAUCACUGUCGCGCCGGUUGGGCCACCAAAGAUACUCCGACGCUCGUUUUCAAGAACGUCUUGGCCAAACCGAGAAAGGAUCGCAGUAAAAAAGACCAAAGUGAGGUGGCCGUACCCACGGUACAGAUAGGGAAUGAUAUAACAAACAUCGAAGCGGUGCGAUUCCAGCUACGGACACAAUUUGACCGUAAUGUCGUCACCCAUCUUCACGUGCAGGAGCAGAUUUUUGACUAUUUGUUCGGCAAGCUGGGCAUCGAUAUGGAUGGUCACGUACCGCAUCCAGUGCUACUGACCGAGUGCAUCGCCAAUCCCAACUAUAGCCGAAUGUUGAUGUCAGAGCUGAUGUUCGAGUGCUAUGGGAUUCCCGGAAUUGUUUAUGGCAUUGAUAGUUUGCUCAGCUACGGAAUCAACGGAAAACGGGAUAGUGGAUUGCUUAUAUCCUGUGGAUAUCAUGCGACCCACGUGAUUCCAAUUUUAAAUGGUAGGAUGGUAGAAGACAAAGUGCGACGCAUCAACCUCGGCGGAUACAACAUGAUAAAUUUCAUGUUCCGUUUGCUGCAGCUAAAGUAUCCGGUCCACGUUAAUGCCAUCACACUCAGCCGGGCAGAGACGAUGAUUCACAACUACUGCUCGUUUGCCUACGAUUAUCUCGACUCGUUGCGGGAUUGGGCUUUGUUGGACUUUUACGAGCAAAAUGUCAUCAAAAUUCAACUCCCUUACAAUCAGAACGUUACAGCGCCAACAUUAACGGCCGAACAGCGUCUAGAAAAACGCAAAGAGCUUUCUCGUCGACUUGCGGAAAUAAACUUGCGAAAGCGAGAGGAGAAGUUGGCCCAGGAUAAGGUCCUGUUGACCAGAAUGCUCGCCGUAGAGGACACCCUCGAAGAUGAAGAUAGCGCUGGGUUUACGUUGCAUGAAUUUGGCGCUAAGAAUGUCGACGAAUACAAAAAGAUGAUCAUAACUUUGAGGGAGCGCAUUACUAAAACCACCCAGAAGAUGAAUUCUCAACAAACCAUUGGUCAGCCAGAGGAAAAACCUCUUCCGCUGCUGCAACCCCCUGCCAAUAUGACCGUGCACGAUUGGGUAGUCGAAACGCGACGGAAGCGAGAUGAAAUUUUGGAUAAAAAGCAGACCCGCAGACAGAGGAAGCAGGAUUUGGCUAAGCGUAGAACAGCUGCCGCUCAGGAGAGAAUGCGAAUUAUUUCUCAUUUGGCCAAAAAGGAGAAGGGUGUAGAUGAUUUCGGUAUGCGUGACGAGGAUUGGGAUGUGUACAAGUCUAUCAGCCGGGAGGGGGAUAGCGACAGCGAAGCGGAGAACGAAAAGCUCAUCGAGUGCGAAGAAAUUCUCAAGCAGCAUGACAGUACUUUUGUGGAGCCGGUAGUGGCACCAGGAAACAUUGCCGAAUUCCAUCAGCUUCAUAUUGGCGUGGAGCGGAUUAGAGUUCCCGAAAUACUAUUCCAGCCGAGUAUGAUUGGUGUUCAAGAAUCGGGACUCACUGGGACAAUUGAUUAUGUGCUUAAAAUGUUUACGAAGGAAGAGCAAACCAAGCUGGUUGGCAAUGUUAUGCUCACCGGGGGCUGCGCCAGCAUACGAGGUUUCAAGGAACGAUUGUCACGGGAGCUACGUGCCAUACUACCGUUCCAAUCGGUGUACCAUUUGAUGGUGGCGGGAAGCCCCAGCUUGGACGGGUGGAAAGGAGCAAGUAGGUUUGCUGCCAGCGAGGAGUUCAAGCAAUCGCUGAUCACUCGACAAUUGUACGACGAGUACGGCGGUGAAUAUUUCAAGGAACACGUUGCCAGUAACUUUUAUUAUUCAACGCCGAAUCAAGUUAGCUCUACGUUGAACGACACUUUUAAUUAAUAAUAAAUUCAGAUUUAGGAUUGUGAAA